GUCAAAGGAACCAUCAGUGACAAGUACUGUGGUUCAUGUUAUUCAUUCAGUCCAGCCAAAAAAUCAUUUCACAUCCGAGUAUUAAAAAGUGAGAGUAGCUGCUCAUUAAACAGCAAAAAACUAAAACAGAUGCUUCAACGUCUGCUUGAAACCAGACUGCAACUGCGAUUUACAGCUGAGAUGACCCUUCAAAGGAGACAGCCACAGUGGAAGCCUGCUGUGGUUCUAUGUUGCUUUUUGCUCGGGAUCUCUCUACAGUCCGACAACAUCAGCUGUGUGUCAACCAUCAACCUGCGGCGUUUCAUUGGCUGCGCAGUCCGGGAGUUCACCUUCCUGGCCAGGAAGCCCGGCUGUGGGAGUCUGCACAUCACCACUGAUGCCUGCUGGGGGCGCUGUGAGACCUGGGAGAAGCCAAUCCUGGAGCCUCCCUUCAUUGAGUCCUAUCAGCGGGUUUGUACUUACAAUGAGACUCGGCUGGAGACUGUGAAACUACCAAACUGUCAGCCCAAUGUAGAUCCAACAUACACCUACCCUGUGGCCUUAAGAUGUGACUGUGGAGUCUGUCUGACCAGCACUACUGAAUGCAUAACUUCUGUGUGAAGUCUGAACAGGCAGAAAUAUUUUAUGUACACUUUUGGUAAUAAUUACACGCAAUACUGCUUUAACUGGAAUGUGUCACUACGCCAGGAAAUGUUGUUAGAAUGCUCUUAGUUUGGAUGCUACAUAUCCAAGAAAAACCUGAGAUAUAUCACUACUGAAAUAUGUUACCAGCUUCACUUGGCAUUUUUUCUUAGGAGCAAAGCAAUCACUGUAAACCUUACAAUGUUGUAAUUGACAUAAGUAAAAAACAAUUUUUUAUCUGCCUUUAAUGGAUGAAUAAUGAAAUGAUCACUUAUUAGCUUUUAAUCAACCUGAGCUUUUAGCCCAAGGGUCUGCUGGAGAGGUAAGGGCUUACUAAGUGUCCUUAUUCAUUUGAUUUUCCAUGAGAACUGGGUGUAUUAAUAAUCUCUGAGUGCUCUCGUGUGUUUUGGAGUGCAGGACCAUCACUCUUUCCACAAUAAAAGCAUGUUUU